AUGGGCGGUGAAAUCUUCGUCGUGGCGGCCGCCGACGGCAAAUUUUACAUGAUGAACAAAGUGGGCCGUGUGGAAAAGACGGUCGAGGCCCACAAAGGGGCGGUGCUCUCUGCCCGCUGGAGCAGCGACGGAUCAGCUCUUCUCACAUCUGGUGAGGACGGGGCGCUGAAGAUGUGGUCCCGCUCCGGUAUGCUGCGCUCCACACUGGUGCAGGGAAGCAGCUCCAUUUACGCGGCCGACUGGGGACCCACCUCGGCCGAGGUGGUGUACUCGCAGCGCAAGAACAUCGUGGUCAAGCCGCUCGCGCCCAACUCCAAACCCAACUCGUGGAAGGGGCAUGAGGGGCCCAUUCUGACGCUGGCCUGGAACACCAACACCCGAUUCAUCGCCUCGGGCGCCGAGGAUUGCAGGUACCGCAUCUGGGACAGGUACGGCCGGAUGUUGUACAACUCCGCGGCGCAUGACUACCCGGUGACGGCCAUCUCGUGGAGCCCCAGCGGCGACAACUUUGCCGUCGGCUCGUUCAACACGCUGCGACUGUGCGACAAGAAGGGCUGGUCGCACUCGCUGGAGAAGCCCAACACGGGCAGCAUUCUGCGCAUCGCCUGGUCCAACGACGGCACCCAGGUGGCCGGCGCCUGCUCCAACGGCCACGUCAUCUUCGCGCACGUCAUCGAAAAGCGGAUGGAGUGGGACCAUUACGAGGCGACGGUGACGGGCCGCAAGACCAUCUGCCUGCGUGACGUCAUCUCGGACGUCUGGGAGAAGCUGGAGUUCCAGGACCGCAUCAUCAUGACGUCGUUCGCCUACGGGUACCUGCUGGUGGCCACGACCGGCCAGUGCUUCGUCUACUCGUCCCGCAACUGGAACACGCCGCUCAUCUUCGAGCUGAAGGAGGGCAACGUCCACCUCAUCCUGCAGGCCUCGCAGGUGUUCGCGCUGGUGGACGGCAACUCUGUGUACGUGUACACGUACGAGGCGCGGCUCCAGUGCACACCCCGCUGGCAAGGCAUGCGACUGGACAGCGUGUCCGAACAGACCGCCUCACUCAGCAACGAUACGUUCGCCUGCCGGGACAGUGACAGCGAGAAAGUGAUCCAACUGAUGGACGCCAUGACCGGCAAGCCAGUGAUCGACAAGCCGUUCACUCACAAGUGCGACGUGCUGGAGCUGGCGCUGGACCAGCAGCUGCCGGCCGCCCAGCGCAAGCUCGCCUUCGUCGACGCCAAUAAGGAUCUCUUCCUGCUCACGACGCGCCGGGUGGGCGGCGCGCGCAAGCUUCUCCGUCUCGGUAUGAUGGUGCACUCGCUUUGCUGGAGUCACCAGGCCAACAUGCUGGCUGGUCUGCAGGAGUCGCGCCUCUCCGUCUGGUACUACCCGGCCGUCAUCUUCGUCGACAAGGAGCUGCUCAACAUGACCAUCCUGCAGAAGGAAUCGCCCGACUUCGGCAAGAACCCGUCCAUCAGCAAGUUCGGCGGCUCUCAAGUGUCGCUGCGCCGCUCGGACGGCUCCCAGAUCGCCACCAGCAUCUCGCCGUACCCGGCCGUGCUGCACGGCUACGUCAUGCAGGAGAAAUGGGACGACGCCGUGCGGCUCUGCCGCUUCAUCAAGUCUGACUCGCUGUGGGGCUGCCUGGCCGGGAUGGCGACUGUGGCCCGCGAGCUGGAGACCGCCGAGAUCGCCUACUCCUGCAUCGACCAGGCCGACAAGGUCGAAUACCUCCGCUAUAUCAAGGGACUGUCAUCGGCUGAGGCGCAGGCGGCCGAGCUGACGCUGCUGGCCGGCUCCCCUCUGGAUGCUGAGGCCAUUCUGGUGCACACCAGCCAGAUAUUCAGGGCAAUCAUGCUCAACAUCCAGCUGUACCAGUGGGAAAAGGCUCUGGCCAUGGCAGUCAAGUACAAGACGCACAUCGACACGGUGAUCGCCUUCCGGAAGAAGUAUUUGGAGCGCUUCGAGAAGGAGGAGACCAACCAGCUGUUCCUUCAGUACAAGUCGAUGGAAGCCGACUGGAACAAGAUCAUACUGAAGGUGCAGGUGGAGAUGCAGAAGGAGAGUGUGAACUCGUCCUCGGUCGGCCAGUCCGUCUCCAACACGUACGGCAUCAGCUGGCCCGUGACCAGUCAGGCGCAAGUGGAAGAGGCCGUCUCCGACCAGGAGGUGUUCUGAGUGCCUUCACCUCGGCCGUCACCGCUUGCCUGAUCAGCAUUCUAGCUCUCCGGGAGGGAGCAGGGCUCCCCCCGCCGUUUGUCACACGCGCGUCAGGUUCACGAGGAUGGAACGGAGUGUGUAGCCGUCUGAAAACCUCCGCAAGCGUUCGGGGUUCACGGCUGGCCACUGAGCUGCGCCCUGGAGAUGCCGCGGCCACGGGGGUUGGAGGGCCUGGCCAGCUCGUGUGUUGUUCAGGUAAUCUCGUUAGUGUGGCGGUGUGCCGGGUACUCUAAUUGUCAGAGCACCGCGGUCUAAGCCUAAGCCCCGUGUGCUGAACACACUUCUCGCAUCCGCAGCCUUGCUUUCUGCAUUCAUGGCCAUAAUAUAUGCUUGUGUUUGAA